UAAUUGAAAAACGUCGCCGGCGUACGGCUUCCCUGUCCCUGCCUGACUUAUAACUCAUAAACGUAUUUGUAAUCUCUUGUGUUUCUCUGGAGAAUCAACUGUUCCAGAAGAAAGGGCCCUCCAACAGAAGGAAUGGCUGAAACACAAUUCAGAGCCUUUCACCCAGGUGCAGUCUUACAUGAAGGACACAGUGUUAUGCAGAGCUGGAUCCGGGAUAAUAGCUCCAAGGACAUACUGGAAAUCCUCACAGAGUAUCCUCAUCUCACCAGUAUAUAUACCUUAUUUACAUUUUGUAUCAAAGCACUUCCAGGUGCUGCAUGGUGAGGCUGCACCUAAAUUAUUUGAGACCUGGCUCCCUGAAUAUGCUGAAAAGGUCCUGUACUUAAAGGACAAUAAACUCCCAUCACUUACUGUUGAGGACAUGACACUGUAUGCCAAAGGGGAUCUAGCUCUAACACUGCUACCCACCAUGGUGCCACAGGCCAUCUACAGGGAUGGGAAGAAGACUAUCCGACACUCCACUGAAGAGUCCCGGACAGUGUUCAUACACCAAAUGCCUGUUGGAACAAAUAUGGUGGAAUUCCUCCAGCAAUCGAAGCCAUUCCCCUCUGUUCUGGCGCUGAGAGAUCCCCAGCAAUAUGCCUCUCAGGCAUUUGUGAUAUUAGCUGGUCAGGCAGUCCCUCAGAGCACACUGCUUGGAGCAGUUGACGUGCGCUUCAAGGCAUUUUAUGUUCUUGAUAUCAACUAUCCCAAGCAGUGUGCUCCCGCGUGGGAGUUUCUGCAGCAAGUUGUGUAUCAGAUUGAGGGAUCUGAAUCAAAACCAGUCAAAUUUCUUAAGACUGCCUUGCUUAAUUGCAGAACUGUUUAACUGUGUGAAGCUGCAGUAAAUGACACAACCAAUGUUUGAAGACUUUAAGCCUGAAGUUCAAUCCAGUUAUUGAAUG